GUAAAGGUAGCAAAAGGAGCCAAGCCCCACCCUAAACGUUUUAAUGAACAUUCAAAUGGAUCUCGCUGCAGACUCCCCUAUUAAACCAGCAGAGGUGGACAGUGGAAUCAUCUCUCUACAGCUUCUGGAAUUUCAAACCAUGCUGCUGGAAGCAGUGGAGGAGCUGCACAUUCACAGGGAUGCAGAGACUCGAAACGAGGAUCAGAUGAGCAAGCUGGUGCUGGAGAAACAGGAGUUAGCAUGGCAGAAGGAAUCUCUUCAGCGUCAGAUGGAGACCCUGGCUAGCCAGCAUGCGGAGGCUCUGGCUAGUGUGAACAAGCAGUUUCAGAUCAAACUCAGGGAUGUUGAAGGAGAGAAGGGAAGGUAUCAGUUGUCUACAGAGUUAAAAGACAAGGAGACCAGCAGUCUAAAGGAGGAAUUGAAACAGUUACAGGAUCAGAAGCUGCAGCUGCAGAGCCAGAGCAGGGACAGACACCUGAGCCAGCUGGGCGAGGUGGAGAAACGCUUCGGAGCUCUCUCCAGACAGUGUGCUCUGCUCAAACAGGCCCACGCUAAGCUGGAGCAAAAUGUUGACGAGUCCAUGAGACAAAACAAGAAGCUGUCUUCUUUAAACAGCAGAAAGGAGUCAACCAUUAAAGCCUUAAAGCAGAGCUUGGAGGAACUGAACAACAAACUGAUCAAAGCCAGAAUGUCUUCCAUGGGCAGGUCUGAGAAUAACCACACAGCCAAAGACCAGCUCCUACAGCAGCUUCAACACAGACUGCAUGUGGAGGUGAUGACUUCCCUGCAGCACACCCAGCAGCUCCUGCUGGCCCAGACGCAGGCCGUGUGCCGAGCAGAGCAGGAGCUCCGCGCCCAGACAGAGCAGCACCAGAGCCUUAAAGGAGAACAUGAAGUGAUGCGAGCGAGGGUCGAUGCUAAAGAAGACAGAUCCUUGGUGCUAGAGGAGCAGAGCAGGAACGCCAGGAUGAUCUGGGGAAACGAGAAGCUGGAGUUGCUGGAGAGGAUCCGCAGUGAGCAGCAGGACCUGAGGUGUGCGCGGGAGGCCUACGACAGCCUCCACCACACGCACGCUGAGCUGCUCUCCCAGGCCGCGCUGGCUGCUGAGCACACACGGGGAGCACAGGAGGGGGUUAAAGCCAACCAGAAGGCCGCUGCUGAACGAGGAGGCCUGUCCAGUCACAGUAGUGACGUUGCAGCAGAGGAUGUGUUUGGAGAAAAGACUGUGGAUCAAACCGUACUAUUUCAACCGACCCAGAAUGAUCGGCAAGAUAAACCCAGUGACGCAGUCUCUUCCAUGGAAUCCCAGAGUGCAGACCCAGGGAGGACCGGAGAGGAUGGACGUCACAACGAGGACAAGCCCCGCCCGCAGCUCCCCAGACCAGGCAGCAGAGAGGGCCUGCCCCCCCCACAGGCUGGAGGCCAGCCGGGGGUCACAGACAGUCUGGUCACAGAGACGGCCGCCGUGGUGGACGUGCUAACGAGACCGAUCUGCGGAACGCCGGGAGGUCAGCCGGGCGAAUCAAACCCCGAACCCAGACGCAACUCGGCCCAGGGAGAGAGACGGGAUUCCCAUCCUUCCGUGCUCUGCCGAUUGCUCGAUCGUGCCUGCGGGUCUGGCGACGUGGGAAGCGGUGAAGGUGCUGUGUGGACGCGGCUAUCCUGCUCAGACAACAGGUCUGUUUACAGUGGAGCAGAGGGCUCAGGGGCCGCCGUCAAAGGAGCAAAGGAUGAGAGGGAAGAGGAGGAGGGAGGGAGGGAGCGAACCCAGACACAGAGGCGGGUUAUCCUCACCCGAGGACGUUGA